GCCAAUGAUUUUCCUGAUUGCAGUAGACUGGAUAAUGCGACAAACAGCGGGCAAUGAGGAAACAGGCAUGAAAUGGACUCACACAAAAAACUUGGAGGAUCUGGACUUCGCCGACGAUAUAUGUCUGAUUUCCCGCAAACAGGAAGAUAUGCAAGUGAAAAGCAACAAGUUGGCAGAAGAAGCAUCAAAGAUAGGACUUCAGGUGAACGUAGAGAAAACAGAUGUGAUGAAGAUUCCUGGACAAGAACAACAACAACAGACAACGAUCAGCAUAAAUGGGAGGAACCUGAAAGAAACAACCUCUUACCUACCUGGGAAGCAUCGUUUCAACUACAGACGGACAGAACUGACGAGGGUAUCAAAGCAAGAAUCGGAAAAGCAAGACAAGCUUUCACUACUCUCAAGUCUGUGUGGAGGUCAACAGCACUCAGCAUCAAAAAUAAGAUCCGGAUUUUCAACUCCAAUGUGAAGUCAGUGCUACCAUACGGAUCAGAGACUUGCACUAAGCGUCAUAAAGAGCAUCUCAAACAAACUACAGACCUUCAUUGACAGUUGUCUUCGCUCAAUACUACACAAGAUCAGAUGGCCAGAAAAGAUCAGCAACAGAAAUCUCUGGGAGCGAACCAACCAGGAACCGAUUGUGAGACAAAUAGGCAGGAAGAAAUCGGGAUGGAUUGGCCAUACUCUGAGGAAACCAUCAAGUGACAUCACUAGACAAGUCCUCGAGUGGAACCCGAAAGGGAAGUGGCGAGUUGGUCGUCAGUGCAAGGGUGACUUGGAGGAGGUCAUGUGA